CACUCGGCAGCCAUCAACGUCAUUGAGCAAACAUAUGAUUUGGUUGUUUUUCUUUAAAAUCCUUGUUAUUUUUCAAAUUCCACUCAAAAACCAUAUAUUUGCAAUAAAUAACGAUAAAUAAAAAUAACAAAUUGAAAAAUGACCAAAACAGUUCUUGUUACUGGAGGAACUGGUCUCGUUGGCAAGGCGCUAGAAACCGUGAUCAAAGAGAGGAACACAUCAGAUGUUUGGUACUUUGCCGGUUCAAAAGACGGAGAUCUCACAGUCCUGACUGAAACGAAGGCACUGUAUGAGAAAGUGAAGCCCACUCAUGUCAUCCACUUGGCUGCCAUGGUCGGCGGAUUGUUUUAUAAUAUGAACAACAAUCUUGAUUUUUUGAGAAAGAAUCUUCAAAUUAACGACAAUGUCCUACAAACUGCCUUCGAACAUGGCUGCGUGAAAGUUGUUUCCUGUCUCUCCACCUGCAUAUUCCCCGACAAGACUACAUAUCCCAUAGAUGAGACCAUGGUUCACAACGGGCCACCUCAUGACUCCAACUUUGGAUAUUCCUAUGCCAAGCGUUUGAUUGACGUCCAAAAUCGAGCAUACUUCGAAAAGAACGGCUCCGUGUUCACUUCGGUGAUUCCAUGCAACAUUUUUGGACCCCACGACAAUUUCAAACCAGAAGUCAGCCACGUCAUUCCAGGGAUGAUCUAUCGAAUGCAUAAACUGAUAAACGAAGAUACAGCGACAAAAGAAGAAGAUAAGGUCUUCACGGUCUUUGGGAGUGGAAAGCCUCUCAGGCAGUUCAUAUACUCCUUAGAUUUGGCAAAACUAAUGCUCUGGGUAUUGGAAGACUACGACAAGGUCGAUCCAAUCAUAUUGUCAGUUGAUGAAUCAGAUGAAGUAACCAUCUUACAAGUUGCCGCCUCAAUUGCUAAAGCAUUUAAUUUCAAGGGAAAAAUCGUCUGUGAUACUAGCAAAGCUGAUGGCCAAUAUAAGAAAACUGCCUCUAAUAAGAAACUAAGAACACUCAAGCCCGAUUUUAAGUUUUCCAACUUUGAGGAAUCAAUAAACACAUCGGUGAAAUGGUUUAUCGAAAAUUAUGAAACUGCAAGAAAAUAAUUCAAUUUUUUGAAAUUUGUAUGUUACUUGCUUUUGUUAAGUUAAAAAUUUAUUUUUGUAUGAAUUCAAUUUCAAAAAACUUUAAUGUUUUCGAUUCGUUGCGAGUUUAAACAAAACAAUAAUUAUAUUUUGAAAAAUGGA